AUGGGCCCGCGCCGCCGGAGCCGCAAGACCCCAGUCCCGAAGAGGCGCGCGGCGAGCCCGCCCCCCAGCACCCCGCGGCGGGGCGCCCCCCGAGGUCCCCGGAGAUCUUUGAUUCUAAGGGAGAUCCGAAAGCUUCAGAAGAGCACCAACCUGCUGUUAAGGAAGAGCCCCUUCAGCCGCCUGGUAAGAGAAAUAUGUGUUAAAUUCACUCGCGGUGUGGACUUCAGUUGGCAAGCCCAGGCCCUGUUGGCCCUACAAGAGGCAGCAGAAGCAUUCCUGGUUCACCUCUUUGAGGAUGCCUAUCUCCUCUCCUUGCACGCGGGCCGCGUCACCCUCUUCCCGAAGGAUGUGCACCUGGCCAGGAGGAUCCGAGGCAUUCAGGAGGGGCUGGGCUGAGCUCCUGCCACCGCCUCUGGAUUUUAUGAGGGAUCCUCAUCAGAGCUGGGACCAGAUCCAGAGGCUGAGGUGCUGCCUGAGCUGCUGUGUGUUUGUUACUGUUGUAAUUUUUUUUUUCCAAGAAGGAGAGGACUGCGGUGCUUUGCCUCUGUAAUGGAGGUACCAGCCGAGACAAUCAGCACAAUUCCAAAGGCUCCAAGUGAUUAUUUCCAGACUCCAGAGUCCAAGCGACUCCAAGGUUGACUUCAGUUUGUAAAUGAUUCAUGUGACUAUUGGAUGGUUUUGAAGACCUCAGUUUGCUGGGUUACGGGAGAAAAGGAUAUUUACUUAUUACCUUAGAUCUUUCUGUAAGAAUUUAAUUUUUUUUACCAUAUGUAUAUUUACUUUUACUUAAAACAUAAGGAGAAAACUAAAAGAAGACCACUUCAGUCAUUUCCAAGAAGAGCUUGGCACAUCUCACACGCGAGUGUCUGCCCUUCAGAUUAAUCUCAUCAUUAGUAGCAGCGGCAAGUUCCCUUGGAUUGUGCCUGUCAACUAUAUAUAGCUUUUCCAAUACUAAAUUGGGAUUAAAAUAGAAAAUCUUUAAGGUUUGAUGUUCCCUUCUAGUAAAUUCCUAUCCAAAUCAUUCAGAAAUUCUACCUUAUAGAAUGUAUCUUAUUCUAAUUUAUAAAUCAUAGAAAAUGUAAUAUAAUUUAUGCUUUGAAUUUUUCAUUCCAGGAUUUUAAAGUGCUCUUUUAAUGUUUUUAUAAGUGUUUUUAGAGCUUUUUGUGGCAAGAUAAUAAAAAUAAAGGUCAUUUUCUGAUAAAAAAAAUUUUUACGUGAAGUUGCUGUUCAAGCAUACAGAGGUCAUACUGUAUUUUUGUGUGUUAACUUUAAGUUCUUCAUUGUACAAUUUGCAAAAGUCAAAGUUUAAGCAAGAGAAUUGAAGGAUAUGUUUUUGCUUCUAGUAGAGGAUGGACAGUAAAAGCCUUACCCUUUCAUUUAACUGAAAGCAGUUUAAAAGAUUUUCUGAGAAAUGUCAAGUAUCAUGAAAAGAUUUUUAGAUUUUAUGCAUGGUGAAAAUGAUUAGCGAGGACAGUCAGUGGAAUUCCGGACACCAAAGGGAAGGACCAAUUUCUAACGUUUCGUUAUUUUCACCCUUUGUGCAAACCUUUUCCUGUUCCACAUCAACUCAUAUUAAUGCAGAUAUUUGAAUAAAGCAUACUCUUAAAUGACUAUAGUUAAAGGUCUUGUCAGAGUAUGAAUAAUUAGUUUCCUUAGUUUUCUUAGUUUACUUUAAAUUGCCACUACUCUGCCCUUUCAAGAUUGUACAAGACACUGCGACCACCUAUCAACUAAUACCUAGGUAAAUUUUAGAAAAUUAAAGAAUUACCUUCUGUAUUGUUCAUGAAGACAUUAAUGAAGAAGUCAAAGAAACAACCAAGAAAACAAUGACACUUGCCCACAUUUUAACAUAAAGCCACUCAUUGAUUAACAAAAAGGAUAUGUUUGAGAAACGCAGUUCUAUCUUUUUGUGUAUAUUAUUUCCCACACAGUAACUUCUCCACCUCAUUGGCAUAGCAAUUCAGGAGGGCGUCUUGGAGAAGGAGCUGGGUCAUGCAGGCCUUCUUAUUGCUCCUGUAGGACACUGGCCGUGCACGUUCCCAUGUCAUUAAGCAGCAGGAGUUUUGGGACCACCACCAAAUAUGGGAUCCAUUGCUGAUAAAACAUCACUAUGCAGGGCAUGACCGUUUUUCACAUGCUCACAUAUUUCAUACGCUCAUCUAACUUCUUUUCAGGUUCAGCUGUUAUAAAUGAAAGCAAAUAAAAAUCACUUUCCAGGGCCUCCCUGGUGGUGCAGGCGUUUGAGCACCGCACUGUGAAGCUGUCCGCUG